GAACGAGUUGACUCACCCCCAGCGCCAUCUACCCAUCGACAUUGAACUACGGUCAAUAGAUGGCGCUGGCUUCCCCAACUUUCCCUCUUUCUCUCUCUCUCACUACUCACUCACUAUUACCAACUAUCCACUAAUUCACAGUCACUUUUCUCAUCACUCCACACACUACUCACCACAACACAAAAUUCUAAAAAAAUCCACAACAUAAAUGGCAAUUGAAUUCAUCAAAAAACAAACCACGAAAAAAAUGCUCCAAACCUCGUCCUCCUCCUCUUCAACAUCCUCCUCCUCACCCAACUCCUCCAACUCAACGGAGCAGGAGUGCCCCCUUUGUAUGGAGACGUUGGACCUGGAUGAUAAGUCCUUUUUUCCUUGCACUUGUGGCUAUCAGAUCUGCCGCUUCUGCUGGCACCGGAUCCUCACCUCCUCCUCCUCCUCCACGGACUCUUCAAACUCUUGCCCCGCCUGUCGCAAGACCUACUCCGAGAACCCUGCCAAUUUCAAACCCAUCUCCGUCGAGGACAUUCAACUGAAAUUGAAACAGCAGAGGAAGCUGAAGGACCUGCAGAAAAAAGCAAAGACCGUCGAGGGAAGGAAACACCUCGGAGAGUUGAGAGUGGUGCAGAAAAACUUGGUUUUCGUCGUCGGGAUCACGCCGAGGAUCGCGGAUGCGGAGUUAUUGAAGAAGGGAGAGUACUUUGGGAGGUUCGGGAAGAUCCACAAGGUGGUUGUUAAUUGUGUGAGUGCGAGUUCAGCGGGUGCGACGGCGGCGGGGACGACGCCCUGCAGCUCCUCCACAACUAACACCACCACUUCUGGCCUCUCCUACGGCGCCUACAUAACCUACACCCGCUCUGAGGACGCCCUCCGCGCCAUCCAAUCCGUGAACAACAUCCCUUUCGACGGGAAAACCAUUAAAGCUUCAUUGGGAACGACCAAGUACUGCUCUCACUUCAUGCGGAAUCAAAUCUGUCCCAAGGGGGACUGCAUGUAUCUGCAUAGUCAGGGGGACUCGGAGGCGAGUUUCACUAAAGAGGACAUGCAGCAGGGGAAGCAUCAAGAGUACGAGAGGAAGUUGAUUGAGGAGUUUAGGAGGGAGCAGCAAAGGGAGAAGGAGCAAGUGGAGGGUGGGGAAGUGAUUUCUGAGCAGCAGAAGGUGGAGCAACAGCAACAGCCGAAGCCCUUGAUGAUACCGUUGCUUUACAAGAGUGAUUUUAAUGUCAAUGGGUUUGAGGAGGAGGAGGUGGAGGAGGAGGAAGUUGAGGAGCGGAAUGGAAGGCAGGAUUUAGUCGGGGAUUUUUCGACACGCGACGAGGAAGAGCAGCAGCAAAGGGAUUAUUCACCACCUCCGCCGCCUCCACCGCAGCACAUCCUCCCACCACCCGUACAGACACACACCGCGCAUGCGCCACCACCCCUACAACCACCCCAACUAACUCCCCCGCAAUUAACCGCUCCUCCCCUGGACUUCAACCCCUUCUCGGAAACCCAAUCCCAGUUUGAGUCCAUAAUCCAGGCGGAGAUGGCGAAUUGGCAGUUGUCUCAGCAACACACGCAUCAUUCAGCGAGGCAGAACCACCCUCCUCCGCCAGGGUUCGACAACAAUUUGGACGAGUGGAUCGACCCGGCCAUUAUUUACAGCAAGUCCAUGAAUAGUAGGAGUCACCAGCAGGGGCAGCAGCAGGUGGGUCAAGGAGGGAGGGGAGGAAAUGGAGGAGGGAAUAUAGGACACUUGUUGGGGAACAGUUUGCUUAAUGAUAUUUUCUGUGCUGGUGGGAGUAACAAUGCCGCCGUGGUGGAGCAGCAGCAGCAGAGACACUUCCUCCCCCCUCAGCAACAACAAUACUAUCCUCCCCAACAACAGCCACACACCUACUACAAACCACCCCCGGGAUUCCAACCACCCUCCCCCGCCGCCGGCCAGCUCCCCGCUCUUCCUCCUCAACAACAGUUUAUAAAUAAUAAUUUUUUUAAUAAUUUCCCCUUUUAAUUGAUGAAACACCGAGAGAUGGAGAGUUGGAGAAUCGUUUAUUAAACACUCAAAAUUAUUACACACUGAA